AUGGAUAGAUAUUUGAUUGAUGAAUCCAAACUCCAGAUGGAGGAGUUGGAGUUCUCCAAAGGAUCAUUCUCAAAGGUUUAUAAAGGAUGUUAUAAUGGACGAUCAGUUUGUGUAAAGGUGAUAAAGAAGGAUAUGAUCGAUCCAGAACUAUUAGUAUUCAUAGAUAGAGAAGUUGAUAUAUUACAAGAUUUACUGGAUCAUGAACAUAGAAAUAUUGUACAGUUUAUUGGUGUUGGAGGAAGAGAACAAUUGUUAUUCUUGGUUACAGAGUUGAUUAGUGGUGGAGACUUGGGAACAUUAUUGUAUGAUUCAACAGCUAUUAAAAUACCAUGGUCACUCAAACUCAACCUAGCCAAAGAUAUUGCAGAGGGCAUGGUAUACCUGCACUCAAAGAACAUAAUGCACAGAGACCUGAAAUCAAACAAUCUAUUGAUUGGUGAUGAUUGGUCUGUUAAAAUAUGCGACUUUGGAUUCGCCAAGAUUAUAGCUCCACAUACAAUGACCACAACAAUAUGUGGAACUGAUGAAUGGAUGUCCCCAGAGGUGAUACUUGGAAUGUCCUACAACUUUAGCGCAGAUAUUUAUAGUUAUGGUAUGGUGUUGAUAGAGUUGAUAACACAGUGUAGAUUACAAGAGCGUUUACCACAGAAUAGUUUUGAUAUUGAUGAGGAGCAACUCAACGAGAUACUGCCAUCCGAUUGUCCAGAGGAGUUUUGGAAGUUGGCAAAAGAGUGUUGUUCAUAUACCCCCGAGGACAGACCGGACUUUAGUGCCAUUGUACAGAAACUUGAGGAUAUUAUUGCCAAGUAUGGCGACGACCGAUCAGACUACCCUCCACCACCAGUGGUUGCGCCUGCACCGGACUUUGAAGACGACAACUCGCUACAGAACUGGUGUCUACUCUCCAAUCUGCCUGAUGAUGUUCUGGAAGAUCAAGAUCAGGAUGUUAGCGAUGACAAUAAGGUUGAUGUUGAUGACAACAAGGCCACAACCACAUCAACUUGGAGUUGUUCGAUU